AGCUACAUGGAGCAGAUGAAUUUGGACAAAGGUAAAUGGACGGGCAGCCAGCCAUUGUUAUCAGUGGCCAUCCCAUCUAGCACAAGCAAGCCUAGGAACUCCAACAUCGAUAGGUGUCCAAGCAUGCCACAUGUUUCUAACAAAAUCAUAUUUUCAAUAAAAUCGUUUGACACUGCUGCUGCUGAUGGCGAUGAUGAUGAUGAUAACAACACAUCUGCUAAUUAUAGCGAUAGUUGUAACAGAGUUGAUUACAUAAAUAAAACAAAUUCUACUACUAACAAAAGUAUGUUAGAUUCAAGUUUUACGGCACUUGCUAAACAAUCAAAAAUUGCUGACAUUAAUAAUAACAUUAGUGGUAAUAACGUUACUAUUAACGACAUUAAUAACAACAACCAAAAUAUUAGAACAAUCCCUUCAGCUGCCAAACCUGAAUCCUAUUUAAAUGCACAACAGUCGUCACCAAAAAGCACGAACAUCAACCACAUUUCACCCCCUUCCUACAAAUUAUCACAUUCUUCUUCACAUGAAUCAUCAUCAUCUUUAUUACCCAACUCUAAAAAAUCAUCAACAUCUUCGUCGUCGUCAUCGGCUCCUCCGAAGCCAAGUAGAAUUGCAACAUUGAAGAUGCAAGCUAGCAGUGGAACGGUCCGACCUGUUAUUAAGAUCCGAAAUACAACCCUUUAUGAAGGAAUCGAUGAUGAUAUUGAAAAUACUAAUAGCAAUGCAAUUGGUGGAAAUGGAAAGAAUAGAAUUAGUUCAAGGGAUCCGACAACCAUCUGCACUGGUGACAUCUUCAGCCCAUUGUCGUCGUCAUAUUUUAAAAACAUUGAAGAGUACAAAAGUGACUUGAUCACACCUUGCAUCAAACCACUUGAUCAGAAAGCGACAUCCAAAAUUAGGCAGUUGCUGCUGCAAAAUAACCCCAAUCUCAUUUCAAAACAUAUAACGUUCGUUGACAUUGAGUUAACAAGGCUGAAUCAGUUUGUGGAUACUAGCUUGGGUUCAUUGUCCGGCCUUGAACUUACAACUCUUUUUCAAGGUCAACAAUUGAGGCAGGAUAUUAUUGAAAGACAUUACAGUAUGAAAUUGUUUGUUGGGGCCACAAUUUUGUUCAGUCCAUCGUUGGAGGAGAGAUGUGACAUUCUCGCACACUGGCUCAACGUCGCUUUCGAGUUGAAGGUCAACGCAGGGAACAUCUUUUCAUUCUUCAGUGUCAUGGAGGCUGUCUGUUCGUUUCAGGUGGUCCGGCAAAAAAAUGUGUGGAAGUUGCUGAAGAUGCUGCAUCCGUCUACGUUUGAGAUUUUUGAAGGCAAACUGCUAGCAAACUAUAAGAGCUUUCUUGACGGAAGUGCUGUCAUCUUGCCUUACCAGAGAGACACCAUACUACCACAUUUACUGCCUCUGGUUGAGAUUCUUGAGAAAUAUGCGUAUGAAGGAGAUGAUGUGGCUACUUGUGAUGCUGCACAUUCAUCACCAACGUCUGCGAAGUUGCACAGUUGGGAGAUGAACCAACCCUUCUACGGCCUGGAUAUCGUCCUCAUCCACCUGGACACCACCCGCCUCAUCACACAGAGAGUCCAUCUCUAUCUCACCGCAAGUUCCAACUUUCAGAAAUCCAACCCUCACAGAGUAACCUUUUUGUUAGAUCUUCUUGAUCCACGAACACAGGCCAGGUAUCUCUGGGGCAGCAAGGGUGUCGUGGUCAACAGAUUUGAUAGGGUUUCAAAACUGGACAGUUUGCUCACCAUCUUGUCUGAGAAGUACGAACAGUAAAUGAGGAAUAUUUGAAUAAUCUGCCGACCGCCUUCUGAUUAUUCUUCUUUCAAUUUCUAUUGCUGUUAUAUUUUUAUAUUAUAGUUUAAUUUCUGCAAUGAAUUGAUUGUAAAUAUAUUUAUUUGUACAUUAAAAAGCGAUUAGAAAGUUAUUAAGCUAUAGGUGCUUUUCACUCAAGUAUCAAAUUUUAUUCACAAGUUAACGAUCGUAUUUGACGAUAAAAUGAACUUCAAAUGGCGUUUCUAUUGUUCAAUAAUUAUGCCAACAUCUCAUUUUAUUGUUCUCCUUUAAGAAUUCAUUUCUGCCCAAUCCUCGUAUCUCAUGUUAAAUUGUUUUAAUUUAAUGGUUUUUUUAAAUAACAGGCUUUAUAAAUAAACAUUUAAUCUAUUUUAGCUUUUAUUUCAGAGCGUUUGUGCCGAUGACUUCCAUUAAAAAUUUGAUUUCAAAUCUUGUGCCUAACACAAUACGAAUGCUUUUUAUUUUUUCAUUGUUCUCGUUCAUCUUAAACUUCUCGCGCAGUUACACGGCUUCGUUGUUGUUUUUCAUCUUUGCAAUGAAGAGGAGAACAUUAACGUUUUGUAACGAACCGACACAACACGAUGUGAAUGAUGAUGGAAAUGAUACCAUGAUGCGACAUGUCUGAUACGGCAAUACAGCGUCAUCAGUCAUCGCGUUUCCUAGUUUUUUUUUUGUUUUCUAAGGUGUUGAAGGUUUGAAUGGCAUUUGAAUACUUUUCGACGAACCUGAAUAAGAUUGAUUGGUUGUUGAUUAUUUUCGUUCCUCCUCAAAGUUUUAUCGUUUUUGUCGGUUAGUUGGUUUGGUUUUGCAUAAUUUUGUAUUAUAUUAUGAUUGGUAAACAUCAUUUUUAAGUCGCUCUGAAUGUAGGUGGUGUCGUUAUCUGAUGUAAUUAAAUACAAAAUGAAUAAGGAAAUCAAAAGAUGGAAAAUAAAAGAAUGUACAAACAGUAGUCUAUUACAAAUGUUAUGUCAGAUAAUAUACAAAUUAAUUGAUUGCUGGGGGCUUUCAAAACAACAUUCCUCUGUCGCCGCACGAAAGAGAAAACAAAAUAAACAUGCGAAAGUAUUGAUAUUAAAGAAUGCACCAGUGCCAAAGACAUGCACACAGAAACACGCAUAUAAAUACACACACAUGCAAACAAAAAAUAUGGCCUAUCUUGGAUGAUGGUGUUAAAACUGAUCUAUUUUCAUCAAAUUUGUAUUACACUAAGCAAAAAGAUGUUCUGGAUUGGUUGGCUUACAUGUGCAUCGACAUCGUUUGUAUUACAUCCAUUAUUAAGAAAUUAUCUAUUUGUAAAUACUUCAGAUACUUUCCUUACAAAACUAUCAGCGAGUGUUAUGUAAGGUCGUAUCAAAUAUUUCUACAUGUUUGUGUGUGUGUUGGUGUGUGUGGUAUGUAUCUGUAUGUACUGCACUGGUGAGGUGUGUGUGUGUGUGUGUGUGUGUGUGUGUGUGUGUGUGUGUGUGUGUGUGUGUGUGUGUGUGAUAAGAUGAUUUUGUAGGGUAGGACGCACUAAGCAAACAGAGCAUAUGUGUUUACAUUUGUUCGUACUCUACACAUACAUACGUGCGUUCAUAGGCAGCGAAUAAAGUACAUGCAUUGCAUACAUUCAAACAUACAUACAGAGGAGAUGCUGCAUACAUAUAUACAUGCAUACUUACAUACAUGCAUACAUACAUACACAUAUGAUAAUUAAAUACAAUAUUAACAUAUACAUACAUUUACAUUGCUAAAUACAUAUAUACAUACAUGCAUGCAUGCAUACAAAUAGGCGUAUAUAUAAAGGUUAACGUUGUCCAGAAUGUAUUGUUGUUAGUAUCAAACAACUCAAUCCAUGUUGUUUACAAAACUGUUCAACAAUAAACUUCUCUUUUGAUCUGGCGACAAAGGGUGGUGAGUUUGUUGUUGUUGCAUGUUGAUCGCAUGAGGUCGGUGGGCUUGUGGCGAGCCCUUACGCUGCGGACUGCCUUCUACCUUUAAGCCAAUAUUGUUGUGAUUACUUACUAUGUUGUUGUUACUUUUAACAUGAUUGUUUGCAAUGUUGUUGUUGUUCUCAUGACUGUUCAACUUUGAAUCAGAUAGCCCAGAAGUAAGCGUGUUGUUGUUCACCAGAGCCACUACGGCCAACGCUGCUUGUUUACUACGGCGACGCCUCCUGUCUUUGUUCGCAUGAAUGUUCACGUUUUUCGUUCGCCAUUUCGAUCUUUCAUCCCAUUCAGCCGAACUCGAACUCAAAUCACUUUCGGAAUCAUCGUGUGGAUUGUUGACGGUCAGUUUUGCGAUGGACUUCCUGAGACGUCCACUGUCAUCAGAUCUUCUUCUCGCGUCUUCCAUUGUUGUUAAGUUGUUCUUCUUUGUCGGUGAUAUGCUGCCAAGAGAUGCAGAAAGUUUGAAAACACCUCCAGCAGCACAUUGGUUACUGCUUCCUCUCCUAUGAUGGUCAAAGUUUUCAAUGGCGAGGUGAUCGGUUGAUCGAUGAUUGAAGUUGUGGGGUGAGGACUCCAUCAGGUUCAUGUCCAUUGGUGCUAUCAAAAUAUUUUCACCGCGAAAUUUUGUUUUCUGUUUAAAAGAUAAAAAUUGCUUCAUCAGUAAUAAAGGGUUUUUGUCAAUUAUGUUAAAA